AUGACGGACGGUAGCCCCAGCUCCCGCCGCAGCUCCGGCCGCAGCUCCCGCGGCUGGCCCACGCAGGCCGCCGCCUGGCCGCUCCUGCUGCUCGCCGCCGCGGCCGCCGUCGCGCCCGCGCGCCCCGCGGCCGCCGCCAAGGGCGCGGAGGAGGCGGGCGCGGCGGCGGCGGGCAACCGGUACGACCCCUGGCGGUACAACCAGGCGUGCAAGUACAGCGCGCAGGGCAUCCCGGCGAGCCUCUUCACAAACGGGCUCGACAACGGCGUUGACUUCCUCUUCCCCCUCGAGACCUCGAAAGCAGUCCGCAUGUAUGAACGCCCAUGGGAGGCGUGCUUCGGGCCCCUUGAGACGUACAGCAUGGCGGCCAUAGCAGCCGGCAUGAAGCUGCCGUGCAGGUACCAGGUGGAGAAGGACGGCAGCUACAGCUACGAGGAGGAGCACGCGUGCGACGUGCUGAUAAAGUCAAACUGCUACUGCUACGCGCUCGACCGCUUCGUCGGCAGCUACUGCGAGCCGGGGCUGGGCGGCACGGGCAAGCGAGGGCCGCGGCGCUAG